AUGCACGUCCGAAUAGCCAAUACGACAAUUCCGGCAUGCCGGAGGGUAUUUUCCGGCUUCCAAAGGCGCUCACCAUGGAUCCAGUCGUCAUGUCGAAGUGAUAGCAAUCGCAAUCGACGGUUUAUCACCACCCAGACAUCCAUUGAGAAACCGUACUACAUCACCACACCUAUAUUCUAUGUCAAUGCUGCCCCUCAUGUUGGCCACCUGUAUACCAUGGUUCUUACCGAUGUAAUCAAGCGUUGGCAUGUGCUUAAGGGAGAGAACGCUAUUUUGUGUACGGGGACGGAUGAACACGGCCUAAAGGUACAAAGAGCAGCAGCAAAGGCAGGCGUCGACCCAAAGCUGUUUUGCGACCAAGGCGCCGAAAUCUUCAAGGAACUGGCACAAAAAGCGGAAAUCACAAAUGAUCAUUUCGUACGAACAACCGACCGUGAACACAGGAGUGCUGUAGAAUAUGCAUGGUACUUGUUACAAGAGAAGGGCCUCAUAUACGAGCAGAGACACGAGGGCUGGUAUUCAGUCACGGACGAAUGCUUCUACCCACAAUCUGCUGUGCAGCCAUACCUUGACCCGCCGUCGGGACGGAAGAUAAUGACAUCAAUCGAAACAGGUAGUGAAGUGGAGUGGUCUUCUGAAGAGAACUAUCACUUCCGUCUUUCAGCCUUUCGGGACCAUUUGCUAGAUUUCUUCAAAGAAAAUCCCGAAUGGAUCACGCCUGAACAUCGUAUGAAGGAGGUUGUGCAAGCAGUCGAGUCGGGUCUGGAGGACUUGUCAAUUUCCCGGCCAUCUGAUCGACUUACAUGGGGAAUUCGGGUUCCUGGAGACGACUCACAGACUAUUUACGUAUGGCUUGAUGCGCUCAUGAACUACGCUACAAAGGCAGGUUACCCGUGGACUCCAGGGCACGAAAAAGCAGGAGGCUGGCCCGCUGACUGUCACGUCAUUGGCAAAGACAUUGUCCGCUUCCACUGCAUCUAUUGGCCAGCUUUUCUCAUGGCACUUGGACUUCCCCUUCCAAAGAAGAUACUAACCCACGCCCAUUGGACUCUUGGAGGAUCAAAAAUGUCCAAGUCGACUGGCAGGGUAGUCGAUCCCUUCCAUGCUAUCAACAGAUACGGACCGGAUGUCAUGCGCUUCUACAUGGCUUCUGAGGGUGGUAUACGAGAUGAUGCUAGCUAUGAUAACGACCGCAUCAUCACCAUGUAUACCAAAUUUCUGAAUCAGCAACUCGGCAACCUUGCUUCUCGUGUUACAAGAGGUAAGAAGUGGAGUGUCCGGGGUGCUAUCGAGCGUAUGGGCCAAAGGCCAAAAGAAGUUUGGGAAGAAGGCCCGGGUGCCAGGUUCUACAACAACUCACUUGCUACUAUCGCUUCAGAAGUAGAGGCGUCUUUCGAGGCUUACGAUCCACGCCAAGCCGCCUACCAGAUAUGCAAUUUCGUACGAGGAUCGAAUGCAUUCUUCCAAAUGUCAAAGCCCUGGGAUAAAGUGUUGUACUUCGGUCCUGGUGAGCCGGGCGAGGAAGUGGAUAAGAUUAUUUAUCUUGCCUCUGAAGCGCUUCGCAUCACUGGUAUCUUGCUCCAGCCCUACAUGCCGAACAAGACAAAUACUUUGCUCGACCAGUUAGGUGUACAGCCUGAUCGCAGAACACUGGAGUACUGCAAGCCUGGCGCUGAUUUGGACUAUGGAACUCCACUGGUUGAGUUGGGUGGGAUGUACAAGGGUGUGCUGUUCCCACCGCUUACAAGCCUCGAGUAG